AUGACUCUUGCAGACGAUGGCUUCCCUGCAGACCGCAAAUGCUGCUGUGUGCCGGCAUCGCUGCAGAAGUCGGAGAUUGCCUUGCAUGGGAGCCAAUUGGUGUCCAUUUGGAUUUUCUUCUUUGUCACGGGUGGCGUAACAUACCACAUCCCGCCUGUCAUGCUUCCGACGAUCAUGCAAGAGUUUCACACGGACCAAUAUCACAUAUCUUGGCUUCCCUCCAUCUUUUAUUUGGUCAAAGGUGUGUUUACUAUUCCUGGCGGAUACGCCGUGGACAGCCUGGGCUGUUCAACUUGCCUUCGGGCUGGCGCGAUUUCACUUAUGUUUUUCUCGGCCCUGUAUUCCGUGGCACCGACAUUAUGGUGCCUUGCGUGUCUUCACGGCAUCUAUGGCCUUUGCUAUGACUUGAGCUCAAUUGCCACUGGCACCGUUUUCCUGACAUCGUGGUUUGAAGAGCAGAGAGCACUCGCCAUAUCCAUCAUGGCGACGGCAUUUAGCAUGGCUGGAGUUUGUUUCCCACCAGUCAUAGGCGCUCUCAUCCAUCAGAACGGCUGGCGAGUUGCCUGCUUGCUAGGCCCUUUUUUGACUGCGGUGCUGGCUGUCCCUUUGGCUUGUUUCGUCCUCCGCGAUGGGCCCCUCCUCCGCAGAUCUUGCGAGCAGCGGGGCCACUUGCAAGGCUUGCAGUGUGGAGACCACGAGCACAUGCCACUCAGCUUCUGGCGGUGCCUUCGACUUGGAGCGGUGUGGCACCUUGCUUUGCUCUCUUUCUGCGAGCUGUACAUCAUCAUGGCUUUGAUCAACAGCUUAGUUCUGUACCUGCAGGCAGACGUCGGCAUGAGUGUGCAGCUCUGCGGCUUCUACACCUCCAUCGUGUUUCAGGCCUCCAGCGCUGGAAAAGUCAUAGCAGGCGCAGCGAUGGACUCGAGGCAGGUCCUUACCGGUGUAGUGAGCUGCACCACGCUUCUGCUGGGCACGCUGCUCCCUUUGGACUUCCCAUCCGGGGGCCUGAGGGUAACGUCCAGCCACUCGCAGCUCCUGGUCUUCGCGGUGAUCUACGGGCUGGGCUUCGGGGCCUCUUACUCGGUGCUGAUGUCCAAGCCCGCCAAGAUGUUCGGGAAGAUGCCGGAGUUCAGCAAGCUCCAGGCAUUUCUCAUGCUCUUCCAGGUCCUCGGCGGCUUCUUCGGCACGCUCAUCACCGGAAAGCUACGAGCAGCAACUGGAAGCUAUGCCGCUGCUUUCCAUGUCUUCAUCGCCAUGGCCUUCUUGGCUUUUGUGAGUUACAUAGCUUUAGAGAUGUCCAGCACUGCAAGGAGAUUGCGGCAUUUCUGA